ACACCACCACCGCAGUGGGUACACCUAGAACGAGAGUUGGUGGCCCCUCACACACUGGCCGACGUGAUAUGGAUACCAAAAAAGUAUAGACCGCAAUGGCCCCUAGCACCACACUCGACUACUCUACUUUUACGGCUCUGGGACAAAAAUGCGACACUGUUUAGCGGCCACAAGGGGUUCUCCCUGGCAACACCGAUAAAGUCUUUCACAUAUUGCAUCCCCACUUUCCACGCCAUACCAUGGCAGGCCCGGGGUGUCACCCACCUGACACAUCUGUACAAUCAGGGCAAAAUGCUUAGCUUUGAAGAGUUGCAAACCCGAUACUCAUUGCCUCCUACAUCACACUACUCCUAUAUCCAACUACGGUCGUUUCUGACCAAACACUACUGUAGAGAUGCUGGGCCCAAUCUGCCCCCAGAAACCCCAACGGUGUGGGAGUUAAUGCUUAUUAAGGGACUACUACCCAUUGCAUGUAAACCGAUCUCCAUGAGUUACAAGAUACUGUCACGCCAUCUACCCUUUGCUGCCUCAAAAACAGCGCAAAUGUGGGAAGCGGACCUAAACUGCUCCCUCCUGAGCAAAGACUGGGAGCGCAUAUUCCGUUUGCCCAGGCUCCUGAUCAAAUCGGCCGCCCAUCUGGAGCAAAGCCAUAAAACACUUUAUAGAUGGUACAUGGUACCGUGCAGGCUACACAAACUAUUUCCUACCCCUUCUAAUACCUGCUGGCGCUGCAAUGGGGCCGAGGGCACGGUCCUGCACGUCUGGUGGACGUGCCCCCGCAUCCAGACCUUCUGGGCGGGGGUCCAUAAAAUUGCACAAGCGGCGUCUGGCUGCUCUAUUCCUUUUGCGCCCCGUCAGAUGUUGAUAACCGACCUCCCGAAAGGCUUACCCAGAGCCAAGCAAAAACUCCUGUUACAUAUAAUUUUAACAGCACAGCGCUUAAUUGCCCAACACUGGAAACAAACAGCUACCCCUG